GAAACUGAGUGUCCGCGCAGACCGAGAAGCUUGGUGGACCCGAAAGGCCGAAGAAAUGGAAGAUGCAAAGAAUGCUGGAAACGUGCGCAAACGGUUCCAUUUGAUUCGUUCGACUGGUCCUCUGAAACCUCUUGUCAUCGAAAUAAUCAGAGACCAAAAUGGCUCUCUGAUAUGCAGCAAAGCAGAACGUUUGGACCGCUGGGCACAGUACUUCGAACAGCAAUUCAGCCGGCCACCUGCUACUUCCAUUCCAAAAUCUUGGCCUUCAACAGAAAGGUGGACCGUAAAUAUGGAGCCGCCUUCAGUGUCCGAAUGUAUUUUCCUACUCAAGCGUCAUCGUGCUGCUGGUCCUGACAACCUUCCACUUGCUCUUUCCAAGGAUGGCGCACCUGUUACUGCCAUUUGGAACGAUUUUCUCUCUGUGCAAUGCGCCUCGUCAGAACAUCUGAAGCAGCACGAUUUACUGUCGCUCCCAGAUAUCGAAAUUACCACUCAAGAUCGAUUGAGAUGGGCCGUAGAGGCCGCCGUGGAGAUUCUCAUCCCGUUGGAUUGGCUUGCGGUAAACACAGCAGGAUGCAUAGCUGCCUAUCAGUUUUUGAAGGCGUUGUCGAAUUUGUUAACACCACUCGGCGACUCAAUAGAAGGUCAUUCGUCUGAUCUCGCGUCAUACCAGGAGUAUCUUUUAGAUAUCGUAAUCACCGAAAUGUUUGGGCGGAUUCGGAAGUCUGUGGAGUUGGGGGAUCCAGUCGUUGUUCCACCGAUUUCGUAUGCUAUGGGACUUUUGACAGAUUGGUUGAGGGAUUCGUCUCAUGUGAACACCUUCGGUGUACUCCGUCGCAUUGCUCAUUAUUGGGAGCUGUUGGGGCUGUUCCUGACACUGACCUUGAAAACCGUAAUUUUCCAUCAAAAUGGUGUCCAGACAGAUGCUCAAGAGGUUACGCUAUACGAAAUUCUCCGGCUGUGGAAAUAUGCCCUUCGAUGCUCUGUACAAUGGUCCGAAAACAGUUCGCUUCACAACGAUCCUACGGCAUUCCUUGUUCUUUCGAGGACCCUUCACACUUGCUUAGUCACCUACCCACUACAAACAGCAGAGCGUAACCGCAUGCGCAACCAAAAUCUCACACAACUACGACUCCAUUCAACUGUGAUUCACGUGCUCCUUCGAAGCUUGCAUAGCCUCAACAAAAUGGCAACUGAAACAGAGUUGUUAUGCAAAGAGGUUCUUUCGAGGACCCUUCACACUUGCUUAGUCACCUACCCACUACAAACAGCAGAGCGUAACCGCAUGGGCAACCAAAAUCUCACACAACUACGACUCCAUUCAACUGUGAUUCACGUGCUCCUUCGAAGCUUGCAUAGCCUCAACAAAAUGGCAACUGAAACAGAGUUGUUAUGCAAAGAGGUGAGAUCCACUGUGGACGCAACUAUAUGUGGACUCGUUUGUGGGUUUGAAAGCUCUUUGUUAGCUGAGGUUGAACCAGGACCAAUAGCAUCCUAUCUGGCCAAAGCGGAGUCACAACGCAGCUUGGAAAGCAAGUUGCAGAUAGACUUACUCACGCCUGAUCCGUCACCCUGUCUGCGGCUAAUUCUGCUGAAUGGUUUGGAACUUUGUGUCCGACUCGAUCCGUCCACUGAGACCGUGCAAUUUCUAGCGCGGUCAUUAUACUCUAUUGUGUUAUCAACCCGAAACUUGGAAGCUGAACUCGCGACCUUUGAAGAGUUGCUUGUACAGUUACUUUCUGGUGACGAUUCACACCUGUUCCAGUGUCUGAACCUCUGGUUAGAAUUGGAGGAUCGCCUCUACAAUUGCAUCUCCACUCAGCAAUCUUUGCUGAAAAUGAUCCCAGACGCUCACUGGGCAUUUGCUCGUUUGGCACAAACCAUCGGUUACUCUGCCCACCUACUGGUAGACUGGAUUGUCUCACCCGAGACCAACUGCCUUACUUAUCUGAUUCGGUAUCUGCGCCGGUUCCGGGACCCAGACAGAUGCAGGUCAAUCGCUCCGACAGAACAACCAGCACCGGUGAGCCCCCAACCAACUUCUACGACAAUGGGAAACACGUCGCUUCCAGCUGAAAACAUAUCACACUGGCCCAGGGCGGAGUUGAAAGACAUGCUUCGAAGUGUAGCUCAUUGUCUACACACUUUGAAUAGUCACGGAAACGUCCCUUUCAACCCACUCCCUCUUAUUCGGAGUAUCAAUCAUGCACUCUCAGUUAUUUGACAAACCGCCAUGUCUCUGCCAUUGUCUUUCAUCUAGAGUGCUUUAUUGAUGCCUCUAUUUUUCGUCUUCGUAUAAUAAGC